AUGACCGACGAAACCACUGGCGGUUCAGCCCCGCCGCCGAAGAAGCGCUCGUUUUUCAAGAAGGCAGCAUGGCAGACAAAGCCGAAAACAGACGGCGAGAAGGAGAAGGACAUGUUUAGCCACUCGAGCGAGUACGCGGAGAUCCUUGCAGAUGAAGCCAGCCGGAAGAAAGAGCGGAGAGAGAAGCAGCGGAGAGAGGAGGAGGAAAAGAAGAAGCUUAAGGCGGAGGAGGAGCGCCGGAGGAAGAGGAGGAAGGUUUCCACCGAGGAGCCUCUGUCACCCGAGGUUGGACCUGGUAACUUCGGCGAGAGUGCAAGCGGGGGGAAGACGAGGAGUAGUGGUCAUGACCGGUCCAGUCUCUCGCCCCUCUCGCCCCUCCCAGCACGCAAUACAGACACCCUUAACGAUCGGUACGAGUCACUUACCAGAGCAUCGAAGACCGUGGAGAAACAACCGUCAGGAGUCAUUGAUCUCAGUGAUUCCGAACCUGACGUAGAUGACGCGAAGGAUACUUCAUACAAGGGCUCGAGCCAGCGCAAUAUACCACAGUUACCUUCAAAACCUGCGCCAUCUGCCGUCAUAGAUGUGGACGAUGACUUAGAAGAAGUGUUGGACCCAAGAUUGGCGGAGCUAGCGGCAAAGGCCAGGGCAAGGGCAGCAAACAGGGCGAAAGAAUCAAAUGCGAAUAAAACCGAUGUUCUAGGAUCAGGUCCUCAGAAGGAAACUGUGGUACAGUUGUUGAUCGAUUCGGAACUCGAAAACACAAAGCCUCUGUUGGUCAAAAUCAUGUCGAACAGUACUCUUGAAGUGCCACGAAAGGCAUGGUGCAGGGCGCAAGGUUUCACGGAUCAGGUCACUGCUGACAUAUUCUUCACUUGGAAUAUGAAGCGGCUUUUCGAUAGCACAAAGGUGGAGCGGUGUGGCAUACGGAUUGACGCGAAUGGAUGGGUCACCGUGGAAGGCAGUACGGAUAUUUACGACGAGACGAACGUGCCUAAGAUCUUUCUUCAAGCGUGGACGGCCCGGGCACUCAAAGAGGCAAAAGAUAGAGAGGCCAGAGAAGAGGAAGAGCGUAAGAAGGCUGAAGCGCGACCCGCUCUCGUUGAGGAACCGUUGGACCCUGAGCCGGCGGCCCAAAAGAAGAGCUAUAGGCUCAUCUUGAAGGCCAAAGGGAAACCUGAUUUCAAGCUCACGGUUCAUGAGGACACCACCUUCGAAAGACUUGCCUCGGUCUACAAGCAAAAGCUCUCGAUUCCCUCCGGCGAGCCCAUCACACUUAUGUUCGACGGUGACCGGCUUCGGCCGAUGGAUACUAUCGCCGAUGCAGAUAUUGAUGAUUUGGAUGCUCUUGAAGUUCACUUUAAGUGA